UUUUUCCUUCUUCAAUCUUCGUCUUCCAAAUUACACAGUUCUCUUCCCUCCAAUCCUUCAUCGGAGCUCGUUGUCGCCGCCUCACUGUAUAUCGUUGCCGUCGUUGUAUCAACAUCUCAAGGAAGCUUCGUUAGAUGCGGAAAACGUCAUGGACGCGAACAAUACCUUCGAUUCUGAUCUGAUUCACGCCAUUUUUAAGCACAUUUGGGCCCGAAGAUUUCGCGAAAGGGAGAGGAGCGAUGCCAUUGAUGCUACGGAAGCUGAGGUUGCUCUGGGAACAACCAAGAAGAACAGACUUGCUUCUGCAAACGCAAAUGCUUUAAAACUCAGCUGUGAACUUCUCAAGAGUUUUGUCUCAGAGGCUGUGCAGCGCGCUGCUAUAAUCGCUGAAGCUGAGGGAAUGGAAAAGAUUGAAGCUACUCAUUUAGAGAGGAUUCUUCCCCAGCUUCUUCUGGACUUUUAAGGUAUGAUUGAAAAUAGCACAUGCUUGUCCCUGCAUCUUUCUUUUUAUCCUUAUGAACUAAUGAAAGUGAAAUCUCUUUUCUUUUGCUUCUCUGUCUAAAAAUACAUAAACGCUUAGAUCAUGGUAUGUGUUCUUGUAGUGAUAUGUUAUUUGAUCUUUUCUUUUGUAGACAUAUGUGAAGAUUAUAACAGGGAUUAUUCCACACAAGUUAUUCUGAAGAUCAUACUACUGGUUUGUUUAUUAUAGGCUAGGCUAAUGUGGUAAUAUAUGGUUCAUACUUCAUAUAGAACGAAAUAGAUAUAUUUGACUUUAUUCUGGAUAUAUGCUCUGUGUGCUUCAGUAACACACCAAAAUACUCUGAAAUGUAAGAAUAAAUCUUAGCCAUCAUCGAUCUUCUGCUCUUAGAGAUUUUCCCUUCCUUGAUCGUAGAACGUUGACCUAAAGCAGAAAAGCGAGAUGUAGGAAUCUUCUUACGGUAUGAAACAGCAAUUUCUUUAGCCUGAAGAUCUGCAGAAACAGCAAGCAGAAUAUAAGAGCUAGUCUAAACUGAGGAAAAGAUAAUAUUUCCUCAGUUUAAACUAGAUUCUCCCGCCAGGAAAAAACUUCUUCAAACCGUGAGUGAUGAUGACUCUUCGAAUGAUGACU